AUGGUACUUGGGCAACCCCAGGCCACGGUAGACCCAGCCUACGAAGGAUCUGCCAUCAAUCAGCAGACCCUACAGAAAAUGAGCAAGGCCAUGAACCAGGUCAUGCGAGCUAUACUUCCUGUUUGGAAGACAGCACCUAUCACCAUUCUCCACAGGGAGAGCGGGAUCCCGCCAGUCGACCAACUGCUCGAAGAAAAUCGCUGGACGAGGCUCAUCCUCUGGCGAGCCGAACGCGCCCGCCUACCCAGCCUACAUACCACGACCUCAUCAAGCGAAGAUACCAAAGACAGACGGAAAACGUCUUCAGGACGCGUCUUCGACGCGCAGACGAGCUGCUUGCACCAUGCCCGCGGCCGAAGCUCAUACAGCGAUGCUUCUGACAAGAAGAAAUAG